GCAACAAACGACUGGUACAGAUCUUCCUUUCUACGGCACCCAUUUUAUACCUAUCUUCAUCCCCACUCGCAUCAUUUCUCAAUCCUCAAUCUCAGGGUUUUAGGAACAUAUACGAGACUGGUAUGGAUGAUUUUGGGGAGGGAGAAGAAUGAUAAAGUUAUAAGCACAAUUUGUUGGCAGUUAGUAUUUUUGUAGAGGAAAUGGCAUCUGAUAUACCAUCAACUAUGACCCAAAGUGUGAGAACAAGCAGAUCUUCUUUCAGCUCAAGUAAUGGAUAUGAAACUCCAUCACACUAUUCUGCCAUUACAAACGGAGAUGAUUAUGACAGUGAUGGUUCGAAUUUUGCGCCACCUACACCAAUGACCCUCUCUAAUUCAGUUCCAGCAGAGCUUGCUGGUGCUAUACCUUUGAUUGAUAAAUUCCAGGUAGAGGGAUUUCUAAGGGCCAUGCAAAAGCAGAUAAAUUCUGCUGGAAAACGUGGCUUUUUCUCAAAAAGAUCUGUAGGUCCUCAAGAUCGAGAGAAGUUCACAUUUGAAGACAUGUUGUGUUUCCAAAAGGAUCCUAUUCCAACCUCCCUACUGAAGAUAAAUGGUGAUUUUGUAAGUCGUGCAGUAAAACUGUUCCAGACCAUUUUAAAAUACAUGGGCAUUGAUUCAUCUGAGAAAGGGAAUCAAAUUGGCUUAGAAGAACGAAUCGAACUUGUUGGUAAAUUAUACAAGCAGGCAUUGAAACGCUCUGAGCUUCGAGAUGAACUUUUUGCACAAAUUUCAAAGCAAACCAGGAAUUGUCCUGAUAGGCAACAUUUAAUAAGAGCAUGGGAACUAAUGUAUUUAUGCGCGUCAUGCAUGCCGCCUAGCAAGGAUAUUGGUGGAUAUUUAUCAGAGUACAUUCAUGAUGUUGCACACAAUGUGAAUACUGAUCCGGAUGUGCAAGUCUUUGCAAUGAACACGCUAAAUGCAUUGAAAUGUUCUGUGAAGGCUGGACCACGUCAUACUAUUCCUGGUCGGGAAGAGAUUGAAGCUCUUUUGAUUGGUAAAAAGCUCACCACAAUCGUGUUUUUCUUGGAUGAAACUUUUGAAGAAAUAGCAUAUGACAUGGCUACAACUGUUGCUAAUGCCGUCGAGGAGCUUGCUGGAAUAAUCAAAUUGUCAGCAUAUUCAAGCUUCAGUUUAUUUGAGUGCCGUAAAGUUGUUACUGCCUCUAAAUCACCUGAACCUGGAAAUGAGGAGUAUACUGGAUUAGAUGACAACAAGUACAUUGGAGAUCUCCUAGCGGAAUUUAAGUCGGCAAAGGAUCGAAGUAAAGGAGAGAUUUCUCAAUGCAAGUUAACUUUUAAAAAAAAGUUAUUUCGAGAGUCGGAUGAAGCUGUCGCAGACCCGAUGUUUGUUCAAUUAUCAUAUGUUCAACUACAACAUGACUAUAUUUUGGGAAACUAUCCGGUUGGAAAGGAUGAUGCUGCACAGCUAUCAGCUUUGCAAAUUUUGGUUGAAAUAGGAUUUGUUGUUAAACCCGAAUCAUGCACUGACUGGACUCUACUUCUGGAGCGAUAUCUUCCAAGACAGAUUGCAAUAACUCGUGCCAAGAGGGACUGGGAGUUGGAUAUACUUGCUCGAUAUCGUUCUAUGGAAAAUUUAACAAAAGAUGACGCAAGGCAGCAAUUCUUAAGAAUUCUAAGGAUGCUUCCAUAUGGUUAUUCAGUUUUCUUUAGUGUCCGCAAGAUUGAUGAUCCCAUUGGACUUCUACCUGGAAGAAUCAUAUUGGGCAUUAACAAACGUGGGGUUCACUUUUUUCGUCCAGUUCCCAAAGAAUAUCUGCACUCUGCUGAGUUAAGAGACAUAAUGCAAUUUGGUAGCAGUAACACUGCUGUAUUUUUUAAGAUGAGAGUUGCUGGUGUUUUGCAUAUAUUUCAAUUCGAAACUAAACAGGGUGAGGAAAUAUGUGUUGCCCUUCAAACACACAUAAACGAUGUUAUGCUACGUCGGUACUCUAAAGCACGCUCUGCUACUAGUACAGCCCCUCUUAGCAAUAGUGGUGCUGAUCCUCCAACCAAUUCGAAGCCUCCCAGUGUGGAUGUUAGUGAGAAACGUUUACAGGAUUUGUCAAAAUCUCUUGAAGAAUCCCAAAAGACUGCAAAUCAACUAUCAGAAGAAUUACAGGAGAAACAGAAAAAGGAAAGGAGUAUGCAGGAAGAAGUGGAGGCAUUGAAAGAUAUGUUGAGAUCAGAAAAGCAACAUUUGGAAGUAUUAUCAUCCGAACAUAAUGAACUUAGAUCUUUAUGUGAAGAGAAAGAAUCUGUGCUUCAGGCUGCGCUGAUUGAGAAGCGGAACAUGGAACUGAGGCUUUCACAGCUUAGUAAAGGAGAGUUGGAGACCAAUACCAAAAAGGAAUUAGUUGAGGCAACUAAUCAGGUUUUACAAAAGAUCCAAGAUGAGUUAAGAAUGCGUAACUCAGAGUUGCAUGCAGCUGAAGAAACCAAGAAGAAACUGGUUAAUGAGAGAACUUUAUUGGAAGAGAGACUUUCAAGGCUUGAAAAGAAGAAAGUAGAUGAGAUACGGUUGCUGGAGAAAGACUUGGAACAAGAAAGAAAGAUGACAAAGCCUCGAAUUUCUCAACUCGAGAAGAAGGUAGAAGAGCUCACCCAGAAAUUGGUUGCUGCGGAGUCUAGUUUAGCACUCAAAGAUACUGAGUUGUCAACAUUGCAUAUAAAUCUUAAAGAAUUGGAGGAUCUAAGAGAAAUGAAGGAGGAUAUUGAUAGGAAAAAUGAGCAAACCGCUGCCAUAUUGAAAAUGCAAGGGGCGCAGUUGGCUGAAUUUGAGGCGCUUUACAAGGAGGAACUGGUUUUGAGAAAACGAUACUUCAACAUUAUUGAAGACAUGAAAGGCAAGAUCAGAGUGUACUGUCGAUUAAGGCCUCUCACACCAAAGGAAACCUCGGAGAAAGAAAGAAAUGUGCUUACUAGUGUUGAUGAGUUUACUGUUCAACAUUUAGGAAGAGAUGAAAAGAUUAAGCAGCACUGUUAUGAUCGUGUAUUUGAUGGCAAUGCCACUCAAGAAGAUGUCUUCAAUGAUACAAGGUAUCUGGUGCAGUCGGCUGUGGAUGGGUACAAUGUGUGUAUAUUUGCAUAUGGUCAGACAGGUUCUGGGAAAACAUUUACCAUAUAUGGAUCUGACAGCAAUCCUGGACUUACCCCCCUAGCCACUUCUGAACUAUUUAAAGUUCUGAAGCGGGAUCGCAACAAAUUCAAUUUCUCUUUGAAGGCAUACAUGUUGGAGUUAUAUCAAGACACCUUGGUGGAUCUUCUAAUUUCAAAGCAAGCAAAGCGGUCGAAAUUAGAGAUCAAAAAAGACUCGAAGGGAAUGGUGACGGUAGAAAAUGCGACAGUUGUACCCAUUUCCACAUAUGAUGAUCUUAAAAACAUUAUUCAAAGAGGCACAGAUCAACGGCACACAACUGAGACUCUGAUGAAUGAAGCGAGUUCAAGGUCUCAUUUGAUCCUAUCUAUCAUCAUUGAGAGUACAAACCUCCAAACUCAAUCAAUUGCCAGGGGAAAGCUAAGUUUUGUUGAUCUUGCUGGUUCUGAAAGAGUGAAAAAAUCAGGGUCUGCUGGUAAUCAACUAAAGGAAGCUCAAAGCAUCAAUAAAUCAUUGUCGGCACUUGGUGAUGUUAUAAGUGCUUUAUCUUCUGGCAAUCAGCACAUACCUUACAGGAAUCACAAGCUCACAAUGCUGAUGAGUGAUUCACUCGGUGGAAAUGCCAAGACAUUAAUGUUUGUCAAUAUCUCUCCAGCCGAGUCAAACUUGGAGGAAACUUACAACUCUCUUACAUAUGCAUCGAGGGUGCGCUCAAUUGUAAAUGAUCCAAGCAAGAAUGUUUCGUCAAAGGAAGUUGCACGGUUAAAGAAGCUAUUGGCGUACUGGAAGGAGCAGGCAGGCAAACGAGGGGAUGACGAAGAACUGGUAGAGAUCCAGGAUGAACGACCACCAAAAGAUAAAGCUGAUAAUCGGCAUUCGAUGUAGAGUUACACACCAUGUUUUGGAUUUGAAUCAUAAGAUAUUGCGACUGACUCACAAAGGGAGGAAUUGAAGAUGCGUGACUAACCAUGUAGCAAGCUCAUGGCUUAAUUGAAAAGUUGUUUUUAUGACUCAAACCCAAAAAGGAGUUGUGAUAUGUAUCAAGUUUUUGUUGAUGGUUAGAAAUAGAUGUGAUGAAUGGUGUAGCAGAGAGGUUACAUGUUGUAUAGUAUAUUCAUGUGUAUAUGUUGUGAAAUCCAUAUCAUGAAUGAAUGCAGGAAGUCAUAUUUUUA